GAUACUUUCGAGGAAGUAAAUGUUGCAGCCUCUGUGGGUUUGUUGUUUCUGCGCACUUGGAAGAUGUACGUAGCAGGUGUCAUACGUCGCUUUCGUCCCUUCUGAUCGAAGCUACACAUACAUAAAGUUCAACGUCGUCUGCAGGUCGUGGUUUUGUCACAUCUUUAGAGCUUAACACAAGGUAAUGGCUACCUACUUAGCUCGACAAAGCGUGCUUGUGACAUGCGUUUUUCUUCUACACGUUUUCCAUCGUACCCCAGUAGUCGCCCAGACGGCCACCGAUAUCGCCGACGACCUUAACACCAACCUCCUAACACCUUACCUGUCCACACCUGGACAGAAGGUGGACUUGGUGUUCGUGGCGGACCAGUCGGCGUUCUCUGAAGACAAGGUCAGCACAGGUUUCCUGUUCAUGAUCAACUUCGUCAAGGAAAUCCUGUCAGGUUUUACAGUGGACUCCGACCACGCCAGAGUUUCUCUCAUCACCUACAGCGCGGAAGCUUCCGUAAGAAUCAACGAUUUAGACAGCAGGUACGAGACCAAAUGUGCUGUGUUCGGUAGGCUGGAUGAGGUGAGGGUUGAGGUUCCUCAACACCGAGGUCUGACGGCUACAACAGAUGCUCUCAGACAAGCCAAACAAGUUCUGUUGGAGUCCCGCUCAGAUGCCAAGAAGGCUGUCAUCCUCAUCACUGACUCCUACUCCACCAUUGGGGUUCCUCCGGCGGUGGCCUCCGCGGAGAUCAGGUCGCUGCGGUGGGCAGGGUGGGACUCCAGCCUGGGCCCGCAGCUGCAGGUGUUCGCAGUGGGCGUGAACGGUGCGGAUGAGGCUGAACUGGAGUCAGUGGCUAGCUCCAGCCCCACCAACGUGUUCAGCAUUGACAGCUUCUCAACCCUUCGACAAGUGUCAAAAUUUAUUCACAAAGUUCCAGAGAACUCGACCUGGGAGGUGACAAGCAGGAGGCACUGUGGACGGUGUGACAUCUCAGCAUCAUGUGCCUGCGACACCGGCCUGGGACAGUACCACUGUGUCUGUAACCCUGGUUACCAUGGCGAUGGAACAACUUGCCAAGCCUGCCCAGUGGACACAUACAAGGACAGUAUGGGUCCAGGCACCUGCACAGCUUGUCCAGGGAACACCAGUACUGCUUUGGCAAAUGGAGCCACUUCUGCAGAGGAUUGUGCAGAGCUCUUGUGUCCAGUCCUGCCACCGGUGGACCAUGCCACCAGCUUCCACAUCUACAGCCCGGCUAACGAGGCCCAGGUAAACACCUUCACCACCUGUAAGAACACACCUGGGGACUUCUGCUACUUCCAGUGUGAUGUGGGCUUCUCCACCUCAGAUGAUACCAGGUUGUACUGUGAAGGGACCAGAUGGAAUCAUGGUCCACCCACCUGUGAAGUGGUGGAUUGUCCGAGGAUCAAUGCAACAGAAGGAAUGACUGUUACAUACGAUCAUUCCACAUACGGAGAUUACACGUAUGGCACAGUGGCCAAUAUCACCUGUGCAGACGGCUACAGGACCUAUGGUUCUACAGAACGGACAUGUGCAGAAGAUGGCGACUGGAAUGGCACCACAACUCAAUGUCAACCGACCCAGUGCCCGUCCCUGGUCCCCCCAGCUUACGGUCAGAUCUCCCCAUCCACCUGCUCCAGUGAGAAGUCAGACUAUCGGACAGUCUGUACCUACGGCUGUAAUGACGGUUUCCAGCUCGUGGGUCCAGCAAACAGGACAUGCCAGAGUAAUGACCAGUGGACCGAUUCUGAUGUGACCAGCACCUGCAACGAUGUUGAGCCACCAACCAUAGUUUGCCCCAGUGAAAGAACCCUUUAUUCAGAUGAUGGAAACAAGAAGACCUUCUACUGGAAUAACGAGGAACCCGGGAUAAGUGACAACUCUGGCUCCUACAACAGUUACACUGUGGUGCCGGCAUACAGCAACCCAAACGACUUCCUUGUCGGUAUCCACACCCUCACCUACAGAGUCACAGAUGCUGCUGGGAAUGAGGCUUCCUGUGAAAGACGGCUCAUAGUAGAAGCAUCCCAGCCACCAUCCCUGGAGUUUUGCCCUGAUAACGUUACCACAACCAUCACAGUCACUGCCACCACGGGUGCCUUGAACUGGACCGACCCAGUGUAUCUUGAUGCUGAUAACAACAGUGUCAGCAUUGAGUGUGAUCGAACCAAGGGGGAGUCUGCCUCGCUAGGCACCCACAACAUCCACUGUAAUGCCCAGGGCUACACAGCAGUCAACCUGUGCUCUUUUCAAGUUGUUCUCAAAGCUCCAGAAUGCAACAUCCCUGCUGAUCCCCUGCAUGGGUCAUCCUCCUGCACUGCCACUUCCACCCACCAGGAGCGCUGCACUGUCUCAUGUGAUGCUGGCUAUGAAUUUGCAGAAAGACCUGAAUCACAAUAUCUCUGUAGCUACUCGGGUGUCUGGACACCUGAACCCAACUGGCCAAACUGUGCAACCCAAGCAUAUACCGGCUUUGCAACUUCAACAAACACAGUCCAGUAUGACUUAGCAGCUGACAACUGCAAUGACACAGUUCUGGAAGCAAUCAGAAGCAGCUUCAACAGUUCGUUCUUUGCCAUGGAUGUGGUACAAACUGAGUGCGCAAACAACGAAUGUAGCCUUCCUGAAAUCAAUGUGACCUGUGACACAGCACGGCGCAGGCGUGACAUAGCAGAAAAGAGCAGAAUGAGUGCACGGCGUCAGUUAAAACAAUCUACACACAGCAGGAAGUCAGAAUUUCAAGAUAAAGCAGGACUGAAUGAGGUUGAAUCUGGACGAAACAAACGAGCAACAAACUUUGUAGUCACCAUUGUGUUUAUCAUAAGAGUGGAGGUGGUGGUGCCUGCAGGCGGAACUGUGUCAUCAAGUGACCAGAGUAACCUUAUUGACAUCCAGGAUGAACUUUACUUUGGUAUAGAUGAUGCUGUGACUGAUGGCUCUUUUGACAUCACCAUCAGUAUAGCAGGAGUGAUCCUUAUCUGUGAAGUCCAGGAUGACUCCUAUGAUGCAGGGGACCCUGUGCUGGACAAUACUUGUGGGAGCGGUCAAAUUUCCAGACAGCCGAGCGAUUUUGAAGCAUACUGUGUAAACUGUCCUGUGGGAACUUACAAGUCAGGAGACAGCUGCGUGCUGUGCCCCCAUGGACAGUACCAGGACCAGGAGGCACAGCAGGAGUGUCUGUCAUGUCCAGAUGGCACAGACACCAUCAGAAUGGGAGCUGUGAACAUCACUGAAUGCAGAAAGUUUUGCUCUCCUGGAAACUACUCCAGCACAGGACUGGAGGACUGCACACCGUGUGAAGUUGGCUCAUACCAACCUAAUGAGAAAUCCACCUCAUGUGAGCAGUGUUCUAAUGGGAUGUCCACUGAAGCUGAGGGAUCCACCAGUGAAGAUGAUUGCAAAGUUGUGUGUCCUGCUGGAAGCUUAAGUAACUCUUCUACUGGUGUGGUACCUUGUAACAUCUGUCCUGAAGACACCUACCAGCCAGAGACAGGACAGACAGAAUGUGUGCCAUGUCCUGCUGGGUUUGAAACAGAUGCUUCUGGAGCAACCAGCGAGUCUGCCUGUAAAGCCCACCGACUGUAUGUUUUGACUAUCACACUGGUCAUAACAUACAACCUGGACCUUGAAAGGUACAAUGAGAAUUUUGUAAAGAUGUUUGAGGCCACUGGCCUUCCUGGAGAGAUGACUAUCAUUGAGACUGGCACAGAGAGUACUUCUGCCAGCAGGUUGACAACAUGUACUGCUGAUUAUGCUGUCUCGCCCAGUGAGGCUUGGCCAAGUGAGGCCACUAUACGGGAAGCAUUUCGUACCCAACUGGGAACAGGCAGGAUGGGAGAUGAGCCUGCCUCUCUUGACAGCUUCAGUUGUUCUGUAAAAGACCCAUGCAGCCCUGACCCCUGCAACAACGGUACCUGCCUGUCCUCAAUAAGGGACUAUAAGUGCACCUGUACACCUGGUUUCACGGGAACAAACUGUGAGACUGACAUUGACGAGUGCACUUCGAACCCCUGUCAGCACAGCUCCACCUGCCAGGAUGGUAUUGACAUGUUCACCUGUCACUGUGCACCUGGAUACACAGGCACAAACUGUGAAACUGAUAUCAAUGACUGCUCUCCAAGUCCUUGUGAGAAUGGAGCAUCAUGUAUAGAUGCGGUGAAUGCCUACAGUUGCUACUGCAUGGUUGGUUACAGUGGCACCAAUUGUUCUGUGAACAUCGACGACUGUGCCAGCUCUCCAUGUCAAUAUGGCACCUGUCAGGACCUAGUGGCUGACUACAGCUGCACCUGUUCAGCUGGCUAUGCAGGAAAGGACUGUGAGAUUGAUAUAGAUGAGUGCCAGUCCCAGCCAUGCCAGAAUGGUGGGAACUGUACAGACCUGGUCAAUGCCUACAGCUGUUCCUGCGCUGCUGGCUUUGAAGGAGACCACUGUGAAGUGGACAUUGAUGAGUGUGCGAGUGACCCAUGUGACAAUGGAGGCACCUGUGAUGAUGAAGAAAAUGGAUACAGUUGUCUGUGUGCUGUGGGCUUCAUUGGAACAAACUGUGAACAAAACCCAUCUCCAGACUAUGACUUUGACAUGGAUGGAUCCAGCACAAGCUAUGCCAUAGCAGGGAAUAUUCCAGACUUGUCAGCAUUCACCCUGUCUUUCUGGAUGAAGACUUCUGACGAGAUCAAGUUUGGAACUCCUGUUUCAUGUGUCAGGGAUACAUGGGAGGAUCCAAGUGACAAUCUGCUUACACUAACUGACUACGGCAGUUUUGAUUUGUAUGUGAAUGGAGAGGUUGCGUACACAACAGUGGCAGCAAAUAAUGGAGAGUGGACCCAUGUGUGUGUGACCUGGCAGAGUAGUGAUGGUUCCUGGCAGGUGUUUCUCAAUGGCAACCUGGCAAAUUCUGGAACAGGUCUAGCAAUAGGUCAAGUCAUCCAAGGAGGAGGCACUUUUGUUCUUGGACAGGAGAGCAACCCUUCUGGAAACACUACACCAGAUACACGGAAGGCUUUUGACGGUCAGCUAAGUCGCCUGAACCUGUACAGCACAGUCUUGUCUGCAGCUGACAUCAACGCGCAGGCACAGGGAUGUUCCAACGACUUGGGCACCCUGAGGGGCUGGACGGACUUCUUGGGCCAAGUAGGCACUACUGCUGUACAGGACUCCCCAUCAUACUGUCAAGAUGUUGAUGAGUGUAAAGAAGAAGACAUCUGCAGCAGCUAUGAGCUCUGUCUGAACACUGUCGGUGCCUACAACUGCACAUGUGCCCCUGGUUAUACAGGGCAAACCUGUUCUCACCUGAUCAACUUCUGUGACUCUUUACCCUGUCAAAACGGUGGACAAUGCCAUCCAUUGGUCAAUGACUACAGAUGCAGUUGCACUGAUGGUUGGGGAGGAAAAGACUGCUCACAGCCGGCAAGCUUCUGCGAGUUAAACCCAUGUAAAAAUGAUGGGAAGUGCGUAUCAUCCGCAGCUGGCUACAUUUGUGAGUGUGCUAGCAAUCAGUUUGAUCCAGACAGGCACUGUGAAAGCAAAGACUUGUGUGCCAGCAUCCAGUGUGAAAAUGGUGGUACAUGUAACAGCUCAGAUGGAAGCUGCACCUGUGCAUCAGGGUUUGAGGGAGUUUACUGUGGAUUGACGAAUUAUGAUCCAUGUCGGGAAAAUCCAUGCUUGAACGAUGGGACCUGUGAAGUUAACGAGGAUGGCUACACAUGUCAUUGUGCCAGUGGUGAUGAAAAGUACUGUGAAGAGCCUGAUGCCUGCUCAAAUAAUCCAUGCCAAAACGAUGGCGUUUGUGCUAGAAAUGGGACAACAUUUAUUUGUGGCUGCAAGGAGGGAACAGAAGGCAAUCUCUGUGAAAGGAUAAUUGAUUACUGUGCACCCAACCCCUGCCAGAACGAUGCAACAUGUGUCAGCAGAGAUUUUGAGGGACCUGACUGUACCUGCCGAGAUGGCUUUACAGGACCAUAUUGCGAGAACAGCAUUGAUGUGUGUACAUACAACCAGAGACAAAACCUGUGUCAAAAUGGAGGCACUGCUGAGGAGAAUGGCACCACAUGUGUAUGUCAAUGUCCUGAGGAUACUUCUGUGUGCGAGGAUAUGGGUCUGUAUGGUGGGUUCACUGCAACUUGUGGCUGCUCCAAAUGCUAUGAUGAUGGUGAUGAUGAUGAUGAUGGUGGUGAAGACUUGUACUGCUCCCCAGAUUCAGGACGUUGUGUUGUGAAUGAAGAAGGUCAAUCAGAAUGCCAGUGUGACCGUGGGUACAAUGGAAAACACUGUUUAAGACAAGAUGAUCAAGUGGAAUUCUGCAUAACUUCCAUCACAAUUGACGAGCGCUACAGAGACAUGGAAAGUCUACCAGAUGCAACCAAGGAAAACAUGGGCUCAUUUCUAGCAAACAAGUCACGGGACACAUAUACAUACAAUUACUAUGAGCCCUGGAGGAUCAACGCAUCUUACAAGACAAUUAGAGAGGGAGCAGAGGGUAAAGCAGUAGUCGAGCUGGCAAUGACCUUCAUGGUUCCACCGAAACAUACAGGAGAAUACAACGUGCCAAAUUUGACAAGAGUUCUCACGAGCAGAGAGGAGCUUGGUGGCUUUAAUGUUGUGUCUGUAGAAAUGGACCAUGAGUGUGCAGAUCCAGAUUCACAUACAGAUAAACUACAUAUUGUCUACAUUGCUGUGGGCUGUUUGGGUGGACUUGCUGUCUUGUCCAUUGUCGCGGCACUUGCAUGGUAUCUGAAGAAGAAGAAGACAGGCCUUUACUCAAGACCCUCUAGCAGGAUAGGACCUUCUCCUCCUCCUUCAGAACACACCUAUGAAGAUAUUGCUCCCUACAAAAACCAAAAAUACAUUGACAGGCAAAAAACAGUAGAUUGGUUGGCAAGGAUGGACCCUUAUGCUCGACCUCAAUACGAAAACGAAGACCAGCAAUCUGAAAGGCCAUCAACUAGCAUGUCUGAUAGACCACGCUUUGAAAACGAAAGUGAGGGUGGUUCCUCGGUGGACCUAAGGAGGGGCAUUUCCCCCAUGAGCGAUGUCGUGCAACCUGGAGGUCGUUCCAUGGACCCUACUCGUCCUCUGUAUCCCAACUUGCGUGACUCUGUGACCCCAAGUGAUAUUAAAAUGAAGAGAUUAGACCCUCAGUACUGGUAGUAUAGAUCUGCCUAUCCUACUGAUACUAUGCCUAUGUUAGUGUCACCUUUCAAAAAGGAUUGCUGUGCACAAUUUGGAAGAACUGCUUAUUUGAUGGAAAUGCAGGAUUUGUACAUCGAUGGUGCUGCCCUUACCACUGGUCAUAAGGAAUCAAUGUGAAUAUUGAAACUGAUUCACAGAAACUGCGUAGCUAACAAAUCAACAUAUGGAGGUGACAGAAGAGGGGGGGGCAUUGAUACAGAAAUAUAAAACACAAAAACAGAAAUUCUACAUGAGCUGUAACAAAAAAAUGAAGACUGUUCAUCUGAUCCAAAAAAGUCACUCUGAUAUCCUCUUUCAUCGUCUUUAUCAGGUUUGUUCCUUUGAGUCAAACUGAAGAAAUACUUACAGCUGAGGUUUGAGAUUUGACAAGGGUCUAGACUGGCAAAUCAUAGCACAAUCUAAUAACCUAUUUUUGCUGCUGUAAAUAGCUUGUGUUAAAACCUAAGUAUAGGAUAUAUUUGCUGCUACUGAGAAUUUGCUUUGAAAUCAUGAUUAAUUGAAUGGAAUACUAAUUCUAUUAUUUGUAUUUACCAGAGUAAGCCAUGACUUUUUAUGACUGUAAAUUGUGUUUUCUACCAAUGACAUGAUACCUGUUAUACUUGUUAUACAUUUUUGGAGUUCAAAGAUUUGAACAAAACAUAUCUGUAAGAACCUUUUUGUGUUGCCAAUUGGUGUAAUUUUUUAAUUACAUGGUACUUACUUAAUAGAUAUACCAGGAGUAUAUAUGAUGAUGUUUGUGUUAAUCAUAUGCAUGGCAUCAAAUGCACACACACAAAAAACACACACACAGAGAUGUAGUCAAACUUAUAACUUUGUUGGUUGUUUAAAAAAGCUGAGUUCAGUGUUGCUUUCUAGAUCUAGUUUAUAUGAUGGUCAGUCAUAUGGCCAUUUAAACAAGAAGUCAUACCAUGUAUUUGUCAUUUUGUGCUGGAAUAUUGCUUGGAUUGUGGCAUAUUCUGAUCAUAACCCAUCAUAAUAUAGAAAUCAACAUGGUCUCUGUAAUAUGUAAAGAAAAACUCGGAUAUAAAUUUUUCUUUACAUAUUACAGAGACCAUGUUGAUUUCUAUAUUAUGAUGGGUUAUGAU